CAGUCGCCAUUAUUCCAUUCCACCCAAGAUCUCAGAAGCAGGUCGUCGAUAGCUACGUACAGCUUUCUUCUUCCUUGUGCUGUUAUAGAGAGAGAGAGAGAGAGAGAGGAUGAGGCCGGAGAGAGGUGAUGAGGGUAUUUCGGUGAAGCUAAUGGGCGGCGGCGGGGGCGGCGGGGGACCACCGAACCUAUGGAAGACGCCGACCCCGUACAUCUUCCUGGGCCUCACCAUCAUGAUGGGCGUCAUCGCGGUGGCGCUCCUCGUCCUCAUCUGCACGCGCAGGAGGACGACGUCACCGUCGUCGUCGUCGUCCUCGUCCGACGAGAAGGCGGCGGCGGCGGCGCGCGCGCUCGUGCCGCUGGACCGGGAGCCCAAGGUCGUCGUCUUCAUGCCCGGCGACGGCCACGCGCCCUCCUUCCUCGCCAGCGUCAAGCCGCUCGCCGCCGGUGACGGCGCCGCGGCGGCAGUGUAGGCGGCAGGGGAGAGAACAAAGAGGCGGCUACCGGCCGGCCCCGCGUGGCCAACCGAUCGAGCCGGCGGCCGACGAGCGCGGGGGCAAUUUUGUGGAUACUUUUUUGUUUUUCGUUUGUUUGAGAGGCGCGCGGCAGCUUUUGGAAUGAAAUCAGUGAAACGAGGUUUGGUCGUGUUCA